CCUCCCGGCCCCGCCCCGGCCCGGCCGCGGGCUGCGGGUCAGACCCCGGCGUGGGACUCCGCCGUCUUCCCGGGCUCCUCUGCGGGCGGCGGACCGGGCGGCCGCCUAGUCGCCAGCGGGAGCGUGGAGCGCCUGUCGCGGGAGCACUGUCCUGUAGGUCACCUGGAACAGAUUGCACAGGCUCGGGGACGCGGCUGGAGGAGGCCAGAUCCCAUGGCUGGAAGUUAUGGUGUGAUGGGUGAUGACGGCUCUAUUGAUUACACAGUCCAUGAAGCCUGGAACGAGGCCACCAAUGUUUACUUGAUAGUGAUCCUUGUUAGCUUUGGCCUCUUCAUGUAUGCCAAGAGGAAUAAAAGGAAAAUUAUGAGAAUAUUUAGUGUGCCACCUCCAGAAGAAACCUUGUCAGAGCCCAAUUUUUACGACACAAUGAGCAAAAUUCGCUUAAGACAGCAAUUGGAAAUGCAUUCGAUUUCAAGAAAGUAUGAGCAUCAGCAGCCACAGAGCCAAGCUGACAGUGUGCAGCUCUCGCUGGAGUGAAAUGCCAACUGAGUGACGGACAUGAUGGUGAAGCAAGAUGGCAGCAAGCCCCUCACCCCUGCACUAAAUCAUGAACCUGCCAGAUAAAGUC